AUGUCGAAAACAGUUCCCAAACCCGUGACCAUCGAAGUCACUCAUCUGUAUAGCAGUCAUGACAACAAACUCUUGACUCAAACGGAUCUCAAAUACAUUGAAUCCAAAGUGUCUGCAAACGCACCAAACGAAGAGCCAAAUGAUAAUCGCUGUCUCGUGGACGCCGUCGCGCGUAAACUGAGCCGAAGAUUAGGCGAUUGUGACGACAAUCUGGUGGUAGAAAGUGAUGACAACAACCGAUCGCUGAUAAGCAUACCAUUCAAGAAGUCGGCGACUCUUCGCAACUAUUACGAAGAGAGACAACUCUUCCGGUUCAGCGGUUCCGUGCGUUAUGUCAAUCCCAAGAGAGAUAUGGUUAAGAAGAGUUGGACCAAACUCUGUGACAGCCAACACUUCGCCAACACUUUGGUGAUGCCUAACAUGGAGUGUCUGAAGCAAUUGGCAGACAUCGAUCGCCUUAUACCACGACAACAGUACCACAAAAUUGAAUCGUUUAGCUUGGGAUCAAUUGUAGACUUAAGUCAUUUCGUUAAGCACUACUCGAGCACUACUUCGAGUCGAUUGAAGGGACAGAUGAAUGUGGCGAAGGAUGACAUAAUGGCUGACUUCCAACACGACCAGAACCGGCUAUACCUCAAGUUCCGUGUGUCCAGUGGUGGCCUUAAUGGGAAAUACACGAAAAAUAUCAGAUAUAAGUGUGAAUACAAUUUCAAAGCAUUCACUUCAGCCGUCGUGUCCUUCGCGACGGUUGACAACAAGAAAGUGAUGCGAAUCUACUUCUCGUUAACACAUCCGCCGAUUCUCUUCAAAGUAUUUAUCGAUGACUUAGAUUAUGAUGAAGAGCUGAGGGAUAAGAAACGGAAGGAUAGACUCCAGCGGAGAGGACAACCGGUCUUCACAAGCAUAGAGUCCAAAGGCGUUCAUAAUAAUGAAGUCCAGAGUUAUUACGCGUGGAUUCGUGACAAUCACUUUCAUGGAUGCGAUGCCGAGACUAUCGGCAAAUCCAAUGUUCUUAUGCUUGAGAUCCCUAUUAUUGUGGACCCGAAGAAACUGCGGGAUAAGUAUCGCGAACCCCCGGACCCCUACCAAUUUGCUAAAAUCGAUGAGAAGGCCACCGAAGACACGCUCUUUGAGUUGGCGGCCCUUAUCGAUAGGAAAGCCAUUUUUUGUACAAUUAAUGCUUUGGAGGAGGUGUUCAAGAAUUACAAAAAAAUCAACGAUAAGACCCAAAACAUUAAUAUCGAGACAUCGUUUAACGUGGAGAUCGAGAGCAUCAGGCGUUGUAUUCUAACGCCGACGCGAUUCCUCAUUCUUCCGCCUCAACCGACACUCAGGAGUCGAUUCAUUGUCGACAAUGACUCCAAUUAUACGAUUCGUCUGUCAGUACGUGAGGACGACUUGGAAUCUCUUCAGUUCACUGUUCGCACCAAUAGUGACACUCAGAAGCGGUUCCUCAAAGAGAUAGUUAAGGAGCGCAUUAUGAAAGGCAUCCCAAUAGGGGACAGAGUUUACGAGUUUUUAGGCAGUUCUUCGAGUCAGUUAAGAGACGCCGGAAUGAUAUUAUACGCCAAAGAUAUAGAGAACAGAACCGCGGAAUCGAUUCGCGAAAAUAUCGGCGAUUUUAGAGAGACAGAGAUUCGCCGAAAUCCUGCCAAAUAUGUGGCCCGACUGGGGCUCGCAUUCUCUCAAGUCAUGACUCACAUUGAAGUCAAGAAAAGUGAGACACUAAACAUUGACGACAUUGUCAGUGAAAACAUGAAAUUGGAUGAACACGGAGACGAGUUGCACGAACCGUACGUAUUCAGUGAUGGCAUCGGAAAAGUGUCGCAAGAAAUCAUGAAAAGAGUAUUACAAGCCCUGUGCGAUGCAAAUACGUUACGGCGGAACGAACCGUACGUAUUCAGUGAUGGCAUCGGAAAAGUGUCGCAAGAAAUCAUGAAAAGAGUUUACGAAAAGCUUCCCAAUGAGUGCAGGUAUUACAAGCCCUGUGCGAUGCAAAUACGUUACGGCGGUGUGAAAGGUAUGGUCUGUUUUGACCCGACUCUCAAUGGAUCCCAAAUACUAUUUCGCAAAAGUAUGGUUAAGUAUAAGUCUAACUCCGAACAACUGGGCAUAAUUAAGCUGUCGGCGCCCAGACCUCUGUAUCUAAACCGGCCUAUGAUUACAAUACUGGAACAGUUAGGCGUUGAGUCGAGAGUGUUUCAGAAGAUGUUGAUGGAAGACCUCAAAAUGCUGUCCAAUUCUAUGGUGUGCGAGUGCUCGGCCACCAAAUUACUCCAGAACUCGUCUACUUUAGGCAUUCCUUAUCGAAAACUAUACAAAUCGGGAAUUCCUUUCCUAUCGGAACCGAUAUUUAGACAAAUUGUCGAUUCAGUGAUUAAUCAUAGGAUUUAUGAACUGAAACUUAAGGCCCGAAUCCGCGUCCCCUGGAAUUGCGGGCGAACUGUAUUUGGAGUUCUGGACGAAACUGGAACUCUAGAGUACGGACAGGUGUUCGUCAAGUUGUCUGUUGUGGAUAAGGACAAUAUGCCGACCGACGAGACAUUUAUACUGAAUGACGAGAUAAUGGUGACUAAGUUUCCGUGUCUCCAUCCGGGAGACGUCCGAAAGUUCACAGCCGUAGACGUGCCGGCAUUGCGCCACAUAAAGGACUGCAUUGUUUUCCCCCAAAAGGGCAAACGUCCGCAUCCGGACGAGAUGGCCGGCAGUGAUCUCGACGGCGAUGAAUAUGCAGUCAUUUGGGAACCAAAUAAAGAGGAACCAUUGGAACUGAUUUUCAAGAGAUCCAAUGAAAAGCCGAUGAUUUUUCCGACGUCUAAUGCCAUGCACUUAGACCACGACGCAGAGCCAACAAAUAUGCAAUCGCUCUCGACUUCGCUAAGACUGGAAGAGUUGAGAACAUUGAAUGUUUAUAGGAAUACACGGAAUGAAAGACCCACUAUUUACCCGGAUUUUAUGCAAAAGUUUUCCACCAAAAGGAGUUAUUUAUCGAAAAGAAUUUUGGGUCAAUUGUAUCGACACUGCGAUCGGUACAGUUGGGCCCUCUAUUCUGAUAAAAAUAUGGAGAUAACUGCCAAACCCAACGAACACCUCAAAGUUAAAGGUUGGGAGAAGUACAGAGAAUCGGCACUAAAUGCAUACAAUGACUAUAAACGGAAAAUUGAAUUAUUGUUGAAUCAAUUCGGAGUGGAAAGUGAGGCAACACUCCUGAGUGGCGCCUUCAGUAAGACCACGAAAUACAUGACGGGACGGACUGAGACCAAUGAUGUGCAUGAAUUGUUGGAGAAUAUGAUCAAUAAAUUGUUUAUUGAGUUUAAAAGUCGAUUCAAUGAUGAGUGCAAACUCGAAGACACCACUCAAACGGAUGGUGAAGAGUUGAAAGAGCGGAGACAGAGGGCCAGUGCCUGGUAUAUGAUUCCCUUUGAAUUGGAGGGCGAUUUAAGUGACAGAUAUUUCGGGUUUUCGUGGACUAUAACCGAUGAGAUUUGCAAACUAAUGAAAAAUUGCGACAAAUUUAAUGUUAAUAAAGCGGACCACAAGUGCGUUGAAUUAGCGACACAACUGAUUGACGAUUACUUUGAACACAAUUUCUUAUAUCGCGAGCCAGUGGUCGACCACUUGACUAAUGUGUCGGACAAACGACAACUCAUUAUGAAAGCGCGCUGUUAUACGGCUGAAGUGGUGCUAAAGGCAUGGCUCGAGAGACAGGACCACCUGUUCUUUAAGCGAAAAAUAGGCCGAAAAUUGAUUUCAUCGAAAGAUGCAGUCAUUUCAGAUAUGGAUAUAAAGUUGAGGCGAAAACUCAUAGAAAACAGAAACAAACUAAUGACUGAAGCGAAUGACAUUUUGGACAAACCUCUCAAAACAGCCGGAGAAUUG